AGUUGUUAGAGGUUAAAAGGUAUGUCACAAUAAUGUUUUAUAUAAAACCAAGGCUCAGAUUGUUAACGGUGUUAUUAGACGGAUAAAACAUAAUUACAAAAGAAAAAGAAUGGCUAAACUUACUGUAGAAUAUCCUAAUGGAGAGACGUGCGAAUUUGUUCAUGCAUAUGGCUUGACAUACAAUCAAAAAAUUAUAGAUCUGAUAUCUAACGGAGACUUGAAAUCACACAUCGAAGAUAUUCGGAACCUGGAGAUACGAGAUGACGACAUAUAUCUUGCCACGUAUCCAAAAUGUGGUACACAUUGGGUUUGGGAAAUUUUGGUCAUGUUGAAAAGAGGAAAUGCCGAAUACGAAACAAAAACAAAAGAGGCAGUUUUCUUGGACUUCCGGUCACCGGAAGUAGUAAAGAGCAUUCCAUCUCCGAGAGUCUUGAAUUGCCACUACCCUUGCAAACUUGCGCCUAAAGAAAUCUUCCAGAAAGGAAUAAAGAUUGUUCAUGUUAUGAGGAAUCCAAAGGAUGUUUUCGUUUCAUUCUAUCAUCACAUGAAAACCAUGCAUUCAGGACCAUUCACUAUCAGUUUUCAAGAGUUUCUGCCUCAGGUCAUGGGAGAAUAUGGCGUGUGUCUGUUUUAUUCCUGGAUUCAGUACAUGAAAGAAUGGGAAAGGUUUUCAAAACAACACCCUGAACAGAUACUGAAUCUUUUCUUCGAAGACCUAAAAGAGGAUCCGGUCAGAGAAAUUAAGAAAAUCAACAGUUUUCUUGAUACGGGAAGAAGUGAUGAUUUAAUCAGAAAGAUUGCUGAAGCCUGUGACUUUAAGAAUUUAAAGAAAGCUGAUGCAGAAAUCAAGGUUGUUGACAUCGCCGAAGACAAGAAGAAGAUGUCAAAAUUGUACAGAAAAGGAGAAGUUGGAGACUGGAAGAAUCACUUCACAGUUGCACAGAAUGAAAGGAUGAACGAGUGGCUUGAAGAAAAUUUGAUAGAUACGGAUCUGAAGUUUAGAUAUACACUGUGAAAAUUAAAACAAUUGUUAUUAAUCCAAACAACAUAAAUGAAUGUAUGUGAACUUUUCGACAGAUCUUGUAUUAAAACUGACUACGAUUUGCCUGUUUGAGUUAAUCGCCAUUUUCAAUUGCAUUUCAGUUAUGUUGCACUUUAUUAAUUUCUGGUAGCAUAUACAGACAUCUCUGUCUAACCUAUUGA